CAAGAUUUUUGUUUUCCUAUUCUUGGGAUUCCGUGUCCUGUGAUGUCUGUGUUUGUAAUGCUUCCUGCUUGAGCAAAUUUUGCCAUUUUUUUAGCAUAAAUGCACUGGACAGUUCAUUUAGAAGGUGGUCCACAGCGUGUGAAUCAUGCUGCUGUUGCAGUGGGGUCGAAGAUAUAUUCUUUUGGAGGUUAUUCCAGUUAUGAUGAGGUAUCUGGAAGGAUAGAUGUGCAAGCUUUAGAUACAGAAUCAUAUAGGUGGUACACAGUAUAUUAUCAAGCUUCGAAACAUGUCCCCUUCAAACGUUACGGCCAUUCAGUUGUUGCUUAUGGGAGAAAGGUAUAUUUGUGGGGAGGAAGAAAUGAUCUAAAUGCUUCAAAUAUCCUGCAUUGUUAUGAUACUGAUAAUUUAACGUGGUCCAUCCCAGCUGUAAAAGGUGCUAUUCCAUUUGCAACUGAUGGACAUGCAGCUUGUGUUAUUGGGCAUUACAUGUAUUUAUUUGGUGGAUUUGAAGAGCAGACAGAAAAAUGUUCCCAAUCGGUUCAUCGAUUGAAUCUUGAGACAUUCGUUUGGGAGGAAAUAAAUGUAUCAGGAAAUAUACCUACUGGUCGGGAUUUUCACACUGCUUCAGCAAUAGGAAAUAAAAUGUAUAUAUUUGGAGGUAGAAGUUUUUUUGAUGAGAUCAAUCCAUCUGCCCUGAAUGAGUAUUAUUGUAAUAAAAUCAUUCGCUUCAAUACUGAAAGUAUGCUCUGGGAGGCUCCUGAUGUUUCUGGGGACAUACCAUGUGGUCGAAGGAGCCACUCUGCCGUUGUUUAUCAAGAUGAACUUUAUAUUUUUGGUGGUUAUAAUGCUGGAAACAACAAGCAUUUGAAUGACUUGUAUAAAUUUAACCCUGAAACCGGUGAAUGGACAAAAUUAGUUGCCAUAGGGGAAGGUCCUUGUCCCAGGAGAAGACAUUGCGCUUGUGUUGUAGGAAAUCAGAUGUUUUUAUUUGGUGGUAGUAGUCCUUCUCAAGAGGCUGGAUGGGAAUCAUUGUUAUAUGAAGAAGAUUCUCAAAAAUUAAUUGAUCAUUCUGAUCUUCAUGUUUUAGAUUUCUUUCCCUCAUUGAAACGUUUAUGCCAAUUGAAAGUGAUCGAUUGGGGCCUUAACACAAAUCAUUUACCUAGGCUUCUAACACAAGAAAUAAAUUUGAUGAUCAAGGACAAUAUAAUGACCGGAGUUCCAAACCAAUGUAAUUUUUAUCCCAGAAGAGAUUAUGAAAUGCAUGCAUUCUCUGCGUAAUCUUACAUUUGAUUCAAUAAUGUGAUAAAUUUGUCAAAACAUCAACUUAUGUUCAAUGUAAAUAAAUAUAUUUUAUAUUUA